AUGAAAUUUCUGGGUGGAGCAAGGGUGGAGGUCGAGCUUACGACGUUGGAGAGCGAAGAGCACCCCACUAUUUACCACCAUCUGCUUGCGACAGAUGCCGAGGUGAAAGUGUCCAAAAAGGCACUUCAGGAUGAGUCUACGAUGCUGUUGGCUGCUGGGACUGAUACGGCGGGGAAUGCAUGUAUGAUUGGGACCGUCCACUUGUUGAGCAAUCGGGCACUGAAAGACACUUGGUUUCGGAAUUGA